UCAGUGUCAGCUGUUUUCACACAACACGCUCUCAUGCCGGCAGGACAUACCUUCACAAUAACAUAGAAUGUGAAGAGCAGAGCUAGUCUUCAUAUGCACGGACAACUGUAUCGACUAAGAGUCGGAUCAGGUGGAAGCUUUAACAGUGGCAGUAAACGGGCUUGACUCCUGUGGUGGAUUUCCACGCCCAGCUAUAUUCGCCUUCAAUCGGAUGAAGUCGUACAGGCGGCCGUUCAGAUAAGGUUUCUGUCUUCACAUCCAUGGUGGUGAACCUAGCUGAUGGAAAGGAAGGCUGUCAAACAGCUCAACAUGGUCUCCAGGUUGCCCAAGUUUGCUUCCCGUCCCUCAGGCACCACCAUGACCAACCUUCCCCAAGGAUCUGCCCUCCCAGUUUCCUCCUCGGAGUCUAAAGGUGUACCUCUAGGCAGGCACAAUAAUUUGACACAUCUGCAAUCCCUAAAUUGGAGAAAGGAUGAAGAGGACAUUGGAAAUAAAGUUCAACACACUGACAGCUUGGAUGAGGAGACUAGUGUAACUAUAAAAUCACGGUCCCCAAUGAUGGUGAAUAAAAAACCUUCCCCUGCAGCUGCAGUAAAAUGUAAAAGUGCAGUCCUUACUUCACAAAGUAGCUGUCCCAGGAGCAUACCUCAGCCUAGCAAAAUCCGCAUGACUACUCCCAAACGCCUCUCAACAUGGAAUCCCCUGUAUAAUGACAUGGCUACUCAGAAUGGAGUAAGUGGUGGUAAUGGGCGUUGUGGCUCCUCAGGGCCCAGUGUUGGUCAUGUACCCCAACAAAGAACCCUGCAGAGCAAACUAUCCCUGUCCAACGACAGCAUCAAGUCUGCCUCUAAAGAGAUUUUCACCCACUCCAAGAGGGUAGCAUGCUCCACCAACCCACCUAUUACCCGUUCCUUCUCCUUUAACAAAGCUACAGAGCUUGCUAAAGAACUUCCCAGACCUUUGGCACAGUCUCCAGUGGCUAGAUCAUCCCUCAUAGAGCCAAACACAGUAUUAUCCAAAGAAAAAGUAAGUAAAUAUGAAAUGCCAAGGCAUUCUGUAACUACUAGCAGUCAUCUUUUGCAGACAAACACAAUAAAGAAAUCCCUUUUACCAAGCUUUUCAGGUAACAAACCUUCUGUGCUCAGUUAUAGACUUACACGUCCAACACUAACCAAACAUCCACUUACUGUUUUCCCUGGAACUGUCCAGAAAGAAGCAGAAUUGAGUGAAAAUGUCCAAGACACUACAAAGAUAGCAGAAAACAGUUCAGAACCAAGUAGCAACAUUGAAAGUAUUGAAACUACCCCAAAUGAGACUUCUUUUGAAGCAAAGGAGGCUGAGGGGAGUCUGGGCCCCUCCUUGGAGGACAUGUCGCUAUCAUCGUCCUCCUCUGUGGAGCACAAUGACACUAGUGAAGAGUACAUGGAUGACUUUGAUAAUCUCGGGAAUGGAGGUGAGACCCUGCUGUUGCCUGUCCUCAAUGAGGGGUUAGACCACUUAGGACUAUGUAAAGAUGACAGCGCUCUAAUUACCAAGUGCAAUGAGGAAUCAUCAGUGACCAGCCUGCACACCUUCUUAUCCGAAACCGUUGACUGGGCAGGGAUGGGCCUCACAGCUUGUAAAGAUGACUUCGAGCAUGAGUCGUUGUCUCCUGUAGGCCAUUUUCCUCAUGGCUCGUCUUUGGACCUGUCACCCUCAGACAGCUCUGGAGGGACUUACAUGUGGGACGAAGAGGGAAUGGAGGCACUGGGAGGCUCUGGACAUCCCUGUGGAAGCUUUGACUCUGAUCUCAACAGCAUGGACAUUCUCAACAACCUGGAGAAUGUGGAGUCAUGUGACCUGGAGGAAGAUGACCUCAUGUUGGAUUUGGACUUGUCUGAAGAUGCAUCCUUACACAGCGACACUGAUGGGACAUCACCUUAUGAAUGCUCUGAAAAAGACGGCUGGCCAACUCAGAGGAGGAGACGACAGCAAUACUGGGGCAGGCAUAAUCAGUUCCGCUGUGAAAACAGAAGUGGCAUUUUGCAGUCGUUUGAUGGGCGAAAGGAACAGGGACUGGAGAGGUCGAGGUCAAACCAUGUGACACUGGAUGAGUUGUCUAUGAAACACAUGGCUCAAGACUGCUCUUCUGUCAAAGAACAGCUGCUUCAACUGAAGACACUGCUUCAGAUGGAGACAGAUGGUUCAGUUGAAGAUACUUUAGAGGCUCAUACUCCAGAAUCCAAUGACCAAUCUUUACUUGAUCAGAAGGUGGUGCUGCUCCUGAAAGAGGUUCAAGAACUGAGAAAUGAGCUCAGAAGCAAAGACAGGAUGAUCACUGAACUUUCCCAGCAGCUGUCUUCUCCAAUAGAGGAUAUGCAGUGCCACUGCUUGCAGGGGUCAGAGGCUGACAAGGAGUCACCGGAGCACCAAGACAAGGAUACUCAAACCUUGUGGAAGGCACAUAAUCUUCAAAUACCUCAGACUCCCAAAUUCUUACCCAACAAGCUACACAACUAUGAAGGACUGUCACGACCAACCUCUUCAGAGGCCCCUUGUGACGGUUUGGAUGCCGAGCCUGGUCACAACCCACUGACGCCCCAGUCCUGCUCCCCAGACCUACAAUGUCCCAUCACUGUUGAGUCUACCCCAAACUGUGCUGUAUCAACAGUAACUAUAUUUGCUGAUAGCUCUGCUGCUUCCUCUUCCAGAACUUUUCAAAGCACUGAUCCUACUGAGCUUGGCCUCAUGAGCAGCCAGCUUAAAAUCAAUGAGCCAGCAAGUCCACCAGUUUCUGCUAGCUUUUGCUGUAAGCUAGAGAGAGGUAUACAAAAAUUUCCUUUGAAAAGAAGCAGUUUUUCAACCUUACAGCCACAAACUUAUGUAAAGACAGCUACAACACUCAUCAAGCCCCAGGAAGUACAGCGGGUCAGUAUGUUCACCGGAGCCCUGGGUAGGUUUGGAGCCCCAGGUCUAUCCAGAACAAGACAUCAACCUUUAUCAGCUCCUGGACUACCUUGCAUCAACCCAGCCCGAGAAACUACCAUGCACAGCACUACUUCACCAAUAUUUAACCAACAAAAUCAAGGGUGCAGACAGUCUUUAUUGCUCAGAAAGAUACAGAGCAGUUUGCCCAGAGCCAGUGCCCCCCUCCAGCCCAAACAUUCCCGCCUUCCUAAGCCAAAGACACUUUCUUCUCUCCCAAACCCUGCUGCUCAACAAGGUCAAACAACAACCUCCCCCGCUCUGCCUUCUCGUAUGCUUCCACAAUUCUAGAUUAGUUAAGCAGGGCUUCAGGCAUCCCACCAGAGUGUAGAAAAGCUGCUCCUUAAGGCCCUGCUUGUAAGGCACCAGUCAAGUAUUUUGCCAGUUAUGCUUACGAUGUUCAAAACAAAACAUGACACAAUGCACUUAAGUUGUAAGAGACACUAUUGUCUACCUUGUACCUAUGCAUCUUGCAUAAGAUAUUACUCCUUUGAUAGAUUAGCAAGGCGCCACUUCUCUAGGAUAAUGACCAAAACCAAGCAGAGUAUUGUUAUUGCUCUAAUUGAUCCUGUUGAGAGAGACUUGCAUUUUCCUGUCUUAACUACUACCACGUUAUGUGCACCGUGUGGGCCAUAAUAAAGGGUGCCCACUGAGAUUUUCAGAGGAGCCAUCUCUUCCAAUUGCUUCUCUACCCAUCUCUCUUUGUACCUUUGUUCUUUGCCACUAGCAUGACAAUUGUGGAAUUGCUGGAAUUGGCCUCCCACCACCGUACCUAAUGAGAGCAAGUUCUGGAAGCCAAGUCAGUUUUAACACCAGAAUGAGUUGUAAGGCCGUGAACAUAAUGAAAAACGAAAAAAAAAAAAAAAUUGGCUGUGAGGAACAUUGGCCUAUACAGUGAGGGAGUUUGAAGUGAUUGACAUGGUUACUGUACAAUUAGAGUGAUUUCGCUAAGUAGGAAGUUUUUUGAUUGUUGGUUCUGGACCACAUUCUUCAGAUUUAAGGGUUAGGAACAGAGACCUAUAAGGGAUAGGGACAUGGUUUGGACUAUCAUUGUUUGAAAGGAAUGAAUAUAUAUAUAUAUAUAUAUAUAUAUAAAGAUAUGUCCUACUUGGUAUAGUCAAGGUGAACUGUACUUGAUUGUGACUCGCAGGAAUCAAGGAAUAUUUUGUGCACAUUUUUGCAUUUUGGCAAAAUAAAACACAGUUUCAGUGAUUUAAGAGCAGUGCCUGAUUGCAAAUCAUAGAACAAGGAACUUAAUUUAUUAUGAGGUGCAGCUCUUACUAGCUGGCCUCUGUUACACUAAACUUCACUUCCAUCCGGGUCAUGGCAUCAAUGCAACCAGUUCUUCUUGACCCACUCUGAGUGGAGCUUGAACCGGCAACAGCCAACACAGGAGGUGGGCGCGCUAACCAGGAUGCUGAAGAUUGCAGCCUCUAUCGUCAGUCACUAGUGCGCCUCUUGAGGCCAGGUUUAGGUGCGCAGCUCUUACUAGCUGGCCUCUUGUUACAUCCAGGCCAUACCUGAUUAUAAUUCAGUACUACACUCAUCAGUUUCUUUUGAGCUUUUUUAGUUUUUGUUCUAAAAAUUAGGAAAAAUAAUUAUUUAUAUAUUUCAUUUUAAAAGUUUAGCUAGGUUCGACAACUGAGCAAUUCCCCUUUCCUCACAGUCUCUACUUCCACACAGUUUGGAAAGGGGAAACAUCUCCCACCUUCUCUACUCUUGUAGUUCAAUCUUAUGAUAAAUAAAAUGUCCAAGCAGCAGCAGCCCCCUACUUUCAUUCCACAUCUAUUCACAACAAGAUUCAGGUUGUCUGAUUGCCUUAGCAAACAUUGCAGGAAAUGGUUAGCACAGACACUGACUUAUCUGCUGUAAAUCUGUCAGGCCAUUCAGUCAGCGCGACAGCUUUCUACACAAGUCAAACUGUUUAUCCCUGCAUCUCAGUUCAUAUUAUUUCAUUUAUCUCAUCCAUCCUUUGCCACUUCAACAUGCUUGCAGAUGUAAUUUAAUGAAGCUGCCGAGAUGGCAUCCACAUUGCAUUAGAUACUGUUGAUGUUAAAAGGGUUUUAAUGAUACAGAUCCUUAAUCCUUAAAAGAGGAACCUGACGCAAUAGCUAGAUUAAUGACAAACCCUCACCCUAAUCUC